GCUAUGUUCCACUCCAGCUUUUUGUAAUGCAGCUUUUUUUUUGCGCUUUUAGUAGUAUUAUUGCGAAUUCCAAAUGAGGCUUUCAUCUGCCCUGUUCACACUGUCGCUCGGCCUCGCCGGUGUUUGGGCCAAUACCGAGAUUGUGCAUUUUACAUAUCCUGUCUCGCACCAACAAACAGGCAUGCUCAUUGCUGACAUGCAGGCAAAACUGCGCCCUAAAACCCUGACCAGUCCGCACGACGCUUUAGACAUGGAGGUAAUCGUGCCUGAGCAGAGCAGCAGAACAGACAAGGAAAAGUGGUACCUGCUCAGCAGCCUUGAAGGCGGGUCGUCAUACGAGCUGCGGCUGUCAUACGCGGCCACAUCACCAACCGAGUACCAGGUGUCGGUGUUUAGUCUGGACGAAGUCGUCGCCAUGUACAAUCUUACACAGGCACAGGUGACCUCAGCAGGUAAAGUGCAGGGUGCAGCUAUGCUGGCAAGGGUGACGGCAAGGCACGCAGGUGUGUCAGCCUAUGCAGUGCCUGACUUGGAUCUGACGCAGUUCAACAUCGCCUUGGACAAACUUGUGCUGGGGGUGCCUGCGCAAGCAUUCCGAUUAGUACUGAUAAUACUGGUGGUGGUCCUGUUCAGCAUCUUCUGGGCCGUGCCCAAAGCUGUAUCUGCCAUAGACACAAUCGUAAAUAACGAGCAUUCGCUGGACAAAGCAAAGUCCAAGAAGGAUUACUGAUAAUAAAGCAGGGCUCACAGCUAUAAUAUUACA